CGUGACGUCACCGGCGGGCGCUGGCUCCGCUUCCCGCGCCGGGCGCCGUGAGGGGCGGCGGGGCCGGGUCUGGGGAAGAUGACCACUCUCACACGGCAGGACCUUAACUUUGGGCAAGUUGUUGCAGAUGUUCUUUCAGAAUUCCUGGAAGUGGCUGUUCACCUCAUCUUGUAUGUCAGAGAAGUUUACCCGAUUGGGAUCUUUCAGAAGAGGAAAAAAUACAAUGUACCUGUCCAGAUGUCCUGCCACCCAGAGCUGAACCAGUACAUCCAGGACACGCUGCACUGUGUAAAGCCGCUGCUGGAGAAGAACGAUGUGGAGAAAGUUGUGGUUGUAAUUCUGGAUAAAGAGCACCACCCCGUGGAGAGAUUUGUCUUUGAGAUCACCCAGCCACCUCUUCUUUCCAUUAGCUCUGAGUCCCUGCUGUCCCACGUGGAGCAGCUACUGCGUGCCUUCAUCCUAAAAAUCAGCGUGUGUGAUGCUGUGCUGGACAACAACCCCCCAGGUUGCACCUUCACAGUUCUGGUUCACACACGGGAGGCUGCCACACGCAACAUGGAAAAGAUCCAGGUGAUAAAGGAUUUCCCUUGGAUCCUCGCUGACGAGCAAGAUGUGCAUAUGCAUGACCCCCGGCUCAUUCCCCUGAAAACCAUGACAUCUGACAUCUUAAAGAUGCAGCUCUAUGUAGAGGAGCGAGCUCACAAAGGCACCUGAUUUCAUAUCUUCCUUGCCUUCAAGCUUCAUCUCAUCUUCCAGUGGAGUAAGAUCUGUCACACACUUGAUCUUGAUAACCAUCUCUUCAGCUGGUCUUCUGGGUGAAUGUAGAGCAGCUGCUGCCUCUUUAUUUCAAGUGCUCUUACCACUGUAUAAAGAACUGACUUGGAAUGGGGAGCCAGAGCCUGUUCCCAUCUUGACUUGUGUGAGAGUACAGGUGUUGAUACAGUGCAUCCCUGGGGAGUCAGUGCUUUAUUGCCAGUCCAGUUCUCACCUGAAAGGACAGCUCCAUUGCACACAGGCAGUGACAGCUAGGAGCUGUCACACAAUCCAUGAGAGCAACAUUUGUGCUAAGGGGGAGCGAGGCCUUAUGUACUGUCUGUCCACUGUGACCAUCCCAACUAGUCUUCAAUAAAUACCAAGUUUUACCCCA